AUGCCGCCCCCCGCCGCGCUGCUGCUGCUGCUGCCGCUGCUGCUGCCGCCGCCCGCCCGCGCCGCCGACGGCGACCCCGAGAGCGGCGCGCGGGGGCUGCGCCUGGAGACGCUCGUGGCGCCCCCCGAGGGCUGCUCGGAGCUGUCGGCGCUGGGGGACACGGUGCAGAUCCACUACACGGGCAGCCUGGAGGAUGGACGGAUCAUUGACACCUCGCUGACACGGGAUCCGCUCCAGGUGGAGCUGGGCAAGCGCCAAGUGAUCCCCGGGCUGGAGCAGAGUCUGCUGGACAUGUGUGUGGGGGAGAAGCGGAGAGCCAUCAUCCCCCCUCAUUUGGCGUACGGCAAACGAGGUUCCCCCCCCACCAUCCCAGGCGACGCGGUGCUGAAGUUCGAGGUGGAGCUGGUCGGCCUGUCCCGGGCCAGCUACUGGCAGAAGGUGGUGAACGACGUGCUGCCCCUCGUGUGCCUCGGGCUGGUCCCGGCGCUGCUGGGGCUCAUUGGCUUCCACCUCUACCGCAAAGCCAGCAGCCCCAAGCUCUCCAAGAAGAAGCUCAAGGAGGAGAAGAGGAACAAGGCCAAAAAGAAAUAAAUUGUGGCUGCAGCAACCA